CUGUAGAACAAUUGGUUGACUAGGACACAGAUGUAAUAUCUUCUAUUGAGAUGGGUAAGGAGGUAUUUAGAUUAGGGUAUAAGGCUUUUAAAGCUUUAUGGUACAGGCACCCUGGGGCAAUAGGUCCAAGUGGGAAUAGGCGUAUAAUCACUGAUAAGGAUGUGCACCAGUUCUGCUAUGAUGUUAAGGGGUAUAAUCUAGUCCAUUUAUUUGUUGAGCAUGACAAUGAGAUAUCAUUAGAUGCUGUUGACUCAGAUGAUGGUGUUGCAAUAGUUGAUAGGUUGAAUGUGAUUUGUGGGAAGUUGAUUCAGGGUGAAAAGGAUGUGGAAAAGGAUAAGGUGAUUCAAGAGGAGGUUGUUUCUGUGGAAAAGGAUAAGGUGAUUCAAGAGGAGGUUAUUUCUGUGGUACUAGAGUGUGAGAAGGAUAAAGUGGUUGAAGAAGAACCUGAUAAGGAGAGGGUGGUGGAAGAAGAGGUUGGUAAGGACAAGUUAGUGGUAGAACAGGCUGAGAAGGAAAAGUUAGUGGAUGAAGAGGCUGAGAAUGUAGUGGCAGAACAUGUUGAGAAGGAGAAGGUAGUGGCAGAACAGGUUGAGAAGGAUAACCAAGUGGUGGGAGAAGAGGGAGAUGAUGAGUCAUAUCACCCUAACAGUGAUGACAGUGAUGAUUCCUCAGUGAUGUCACUAGAUGAUAGUGACUAUGAGGAAAACUGGGACUGGACCACAGUCUUGCCUCAUGAGUCCCUUGUUGAUAUACCUCAUGAUGCUCCACCACCUGAUCUGUAUGAACUUUCAUUACCUGUAGACACUAAUGAUCCAGGAGCAACAUACUCAGACUUUGAAGAUGAAGAUGGGGAUUCUGAUGAUUUAGAGAGUCCAUCUGAAGGAGAAGGAGAGGGAAGGGCAAGGAGAUACCCCAGGUUUAGGCCUGCAGAAGAUGGUGAUAGUGUGAACUUUGUCCUUGGUCAGAUAUUUGACAGUAAUGAUAUUUUUAUUCAUGUUGUUAAGGAAUUUGCUCUGCAACAUAAGAAAGAUAUGAAGAUAGUGAAGAAUGACAAGAAGAGGGUGGUUGUUAAUUGUGUCAAAGGCUGCCCAUUUAAUCUAAGAAUCAGUAAGACAAAUAGCAGGCACUACUUCCUGCUUGUCACAUAUGAAGCUACUCACAAUUGCUGCAGGUCUGCAUCAAACUGGCAGGCUAAGACUAUUUUUAUGGCUAUGAAGUUCAUGCCUCUUCUCAGACACAGUCCUAACUUGAGCAUACCUGGAUUAAUUGAAGAAGCAAGAAGUAGGUGGGGUAUACAUUUGGGGUGGUGGAAAGCUUACAGGGCAAAAGUCAAGGCUAUAGAGAUGAUUCAUGGUGCAUGCACUGACCAGUACAGUCACUUGAGAAAUUAUGCUCAUGAACUGUUGAGAAGCAAUCCUGGCAGCACUGUAAUCAUCAAGAGUGAGGAGGGACCUAAAGGGCCAGUGUUCAUGAGAAUAUAUGUUUGUUUGGCUGCAACAAAACAGGCAUUUGCAAACACAUGUAGACCACUAAUUGGUCUAGAUGGAUGUUUUUUGAAAGGCACUUAUGGAGGGCAGCUCCUAGCAGCUGUAGGGAAGGAUGGAAACAAUCAAAUGUUUCCAAUAUGCUAUGCUGUGGUAGAGGCAGAAACUAAGGACUCUUGGAACUGGUUUGUGAGUUUGUUGUUGGAGGAUCUAGACCAAAUUAAGAAGAAAAAGUGGGCUUUUAUCUCUGAUCAGCAGAAGGGUUUAGUUCCUUCUCUGCAGGAGCUCAUUCCUGAUGUUGACCACAGACUUUGUGUGAAGCAUAUCUAUGGUAACUUCAGGAAGAAGUAUCCAGGAUCAGAAUUGAAAGUGGCAUUGUGGAAGGAAAUUGUGUGA